AUGGUGACCACCAAUAUUUAUGAGAGUCGUCAAGGCGAGUAUCGGGCGGGAACAAUUUCCAUGACGGCCCUGGGUGUGGUUUUCGUCGUUCUGCGAUUUUUGGCUCGAUGGAAGAAAGGCCUCAGCGUUGGCGCUGAUGACUACGUGAUUCUGCUUUCGUUGUUGUUUCUGUUCGCGACCUGUGCCCUUAAUUUGGCGAUGAUUCACUAUGGCAUGGGGCGACACGCAGAUGUUUUGCCUGCCGAGAAUAUCGUGAUAAUCGCCAAGCUGCUCAUGUGUUUCGAAUGCGUAUACUGCACAACAGUAGGAAUCGUCAAAAUUUCUAUCCUGCUUAUGUAUGCUCGUAUAUUCCCCACGAGAGGCUUCCGCAUUGCCUCGGUUAUUCUGAGCAGCAUUGUCGUCGGAUGGGUUAUCGCAAUCAUCUGCGUGAGCGUAUUCCAGUGUAACCCGAUCGCAAAGGCCUGGAACUUUGCCCUGCCAGGUGCUUGCAUCAAUCUCAAGGGCUCGUUUAUCGGGAACGCAGUGCCAAAUAUCCUGACAGAUAUCGCCAUCUUGGCUCUGCCGGUACAUGUUGUCUGGGGCUUGCAUGCGACCGUGACGCAUCGGCUAUCGGUGAUUGCCAUAUUUCUGCUGGGCAGUUUUGUCAUCUUCACCAGCGCCUACCGCUUCUCCACCCUUUUCGAGUUUGAGCCCGCCGACACUCCCUGGACCCUAGCCAAGGCGUGCACCUGGUGUCUCAUCGAAUGUUCCAGCGGCAUCAUAUCAGCCUGCAUGCCCACCCUGCGCCCCUUAUUCGUCAUGCUAUCCUCGAAAUUUGGGAGCUCAACCGGUACCCGCACGCGGACAACUGGUGUACAAGGCUCCGGCCUCAAGAGUUAUGACGUGAGUGGCUCGGCCUUACGUCCACCGGGUGAGUUUCUGGGUAGACAAAAGGUGCAGUUGGAGGUCAGCCAGCGGGAUGAUGCGUCAGGGGAUGAAGUGCCCCUGAAUACUAUUCGAGUGCAGCACGAUAUGACAUGGCAGGAGACGAACUAUGGUUCUUCGCAACGAUGGAAUUGA